GGGAAGUUCUAGAUAAGACAAGUCCGAUCCAUGGAGACUCCACCCCGCUACCUACAGCAACCAAGAUACUGGGCGUAAUGUUUUGCGUCAUAAUGUUAUGGCUGACCGAUGUACUUUAAAUUCUUCCCAAAUGAAAUCAGAGCUAAGUACACAUUAUCCAAAACAAAUCAAGUAGAGACAAGUAGAGGAGAAAGGGUAUGUGCCAGUUGGAGAAAGCUGCCGUACCAAUGCGGGUGAUAAAAACAGGUAUCUGUGCCAACAUCUUUCACAUGAUUAACUCUGAAACAUUCUAUAUACUGUAAUUAUACAGGGCACAUUUAAGCAGUUUUGUGUAAUUAGAGUUUGGCUAAUGUUUUGUUUUUUUUUCUUUCCUGGAAGACUGUUUGGUUUCUUUGGACUCCUGGAAGAUCUGGUGGUUAUUGCAUAACGAUGUUCUUACACUUGCGAAUAUCAGCUUGUGUGUUACUGUAACCUAAACUAAAUUGUAUCUAGUCCUAUACAGAAGGAGUGAAGGACAUUUACACGGAUGCAGCCUCCAAACCAAUUCAUGUUAUCUCUUGGAACAAAAUUAAGUGUUAAGUCUUUCAUAACAUUCAUACUAAUGGAUACAUUUGGUGUGAAAUGUGUUCCGUUAUUAUUGAGUUUUGCAUCCAUUGUGUUUUGAACCCGCUGUCUUGCGCAGCUGACACUACACCCUGCAGAGAAUUGCAGGACGAGUUGCUGAGCCACACACUCACUGAGCAAAUGUGCACAGCUGUCACUUCCUCCAACCACCAAUCUGAAUGAACCCUGUAAUGGAAAGUCAGCCGCUCAGAUUAGGGGUGUUAUUUGAAAAGUGGCUAUUUCUGCUUAUUCCCAGUGUGUACACAAAUAUUCUGGAUGUUCUCUGAUAUACAUAGUUCUUUAUUUGUUAUCAUCUGAAUCGCCCUCAUCAUGUCGUCCGACAGAGUGCAGAAGAAAUGGGCGGUAUUGAAAAGCCACCUGGGCUCGUCUCAGGACUCAGACACAAGCACCCAGGAGGCCAACCUAGAGAAUGCCGAACCCGAGCUGUGCAUCCGUCUGCUGCAGGUACCCACCGUGGUGAACUACUCCGGCCUUAAAAAGCGUCUGGAGGGUAGCGAUGAGACAUGGAUGGUACAGUUUCUGGAGCUGUCAGGCCUCGACUUGCUGUUGGAGGCUCUGGAUCGUCUGUCAGGUCGAGGCUGCUCGCGCAUCACAGACGCACUGCUCCAGCUCACCUGCGUCAACUGUGUGAAGGCUGUAAUGAACUCAUCCAUAGGGAUCCAUUUUAUCAUGGAAAAUGAGGGUUACGUUCGUAAGCUCUCACAAGCACUGGAUACAUCCAAUAUCAUGGUAAAGAAGCAGGUGUUUGAGCUACUGGCUGCUCUCAGCAUGUUUGCCAUAGAAGGCUACCGAUUGGCCCUAGACUCUCUUGACCACUAUAAGGCUGUAAAAAUGCAGCAGUACCGCUUCAGCGUGAUCAUGAAUGAACUGCAGAACACAGACAACGUGCAUUACAUGGUGACGCUGCUAAGCUUCAUUAACGCGCUGAUCUUCAGCACCGAAGACCUGCGCCAAAGGGACAAGAUGCGCAAGGAAUUCAUCGGUUUACAGCUGCUUGACCUUCUACCGAAGCUCAGAGAGGCAGAGGAUGAAGACUUGAUCAUCCAGUGUGAGGCAUUUGAGGAAGCCAUGGCUGAGGAUGAGGAGGAGCUGUUGAGACUUUAUGGAGGCAUUGACAUGAGCAAUCAUCAGGAAGUCUUCAUCACUCUGUUUAACAAAGUGAGUAGCUCCCCUGCAUCGUUGCAGCUGCUGUCCAUCCUACAGACUCUGUUGUUGUUGGGACCAGAGCGAGCAGACAUCUGGCAGGCACUGGAGGCUCUAACUAACCGUGCCGUCCUCUUGGCCCAAAACUCACAAAUAGACUCCUGUGAGACGAUCAUGCAGCGACUCGUUUUUUCCAAAGAACCUUCCACUGCUCCACCUCGAGCCAAAGUAGAUAAGGGAAUUCAGGCUGAGCUGAGUGGUUGGGAGAAAGAAUCAUUAAGAAAUGUAUCCAAGACCAACCAAGCAGCACCCCUCAUCUCCACAGAGAAGCCCUGCACCACCCAUGCUCAUCCUCCACCUCCUCCCCCACCACCUCCACCUCCAUUACCCAGUUGCGCUGCAGCUCCUCCACCUCCACCACCGCCACCACCUUUACCAGGCAUGGGUGCUUCUCCUCCUCCUCCUCCUCCUCCUCCACCUUUACCAGGCUUUGGUGCCCCACCUCCUCCUCCACCUUUACCAGGCAUGGGUAUGCCACCACCUCCACCCCCUCCACCCUUCCCAGGGAUGGUACCUGGAGGUCCUCCACUACCACCUCCACUUCCUGGCAUGCCAUGCCCACCUUGCCCACCUCCUAUGGGAGGAGAUAUAAUAGUAGCCCACAAUGUUCAGGUCCUGGGGAGAGCUUACAGCAUGCCAGUAAAAACUGGUCCAUAUCCCACACUCAGGAUGAAGAAACUCAACUGGCAGAAACUAAACUCCAACGCAGUCACUGAUGGUUGCAACAUAUGGGCCUCAGAGCAAUCCGAUUCCCCUCUGGAACCUAACUACUCAAGCAUUGAGCAACUCUUUAGUCUCCCAGUGGCAGAACCCAAAGAUAAAGGCCAGGCUGCUCCUGCCAAGAAAGAACCCAAAGAAAUUUCUUUUAUUGAUCCCAAGAAAAAUCUCAAUCUGAAUAUAUUUCUCAAACAAUUCAAAUGCUCUAAUGAGGAGUUUGUGGACAUGAUCCAGAAAGGGGAUCGUUCCAGGUUCGAUGUUGAGGUAUUAAAACAGCUACUGAAGCUUCUUCCAGAGAAACAUGAGAUCGACAACCUGAACUCUUUCCAAGGAGAACGAGACAAGCUUGCCAACGUCGACAAGUUUUACCUAUCGCUCCUUGGUGUUCCCUGCUAUAAACUGAGAAUUGACUGCAUGUUGUUGUGUGAGGAGACUGCAUCUGUGCUGGAGAUGCUGAAACCGAAAGCACAGCUGGUGGAGGAGGCUUGUAAGAGUCUGCGAGCUAGCACGCUCCUGCCCAAUUUCUGCAGGUUGAUCCUUCGAGUAGGAAACUUUCUCAAUUAUGGAAGCCAUACAGGAAACGCUGAAGGAUUCAAGAUUAGCUCCUUGCUAAAGCUGACGGAAACCAAAGCCAACAAGGGCCGUAUCACUCUGUUACACCACAUCCUCGAGGAAGCUGAGUUGAACCACCCUGAGCUUCUGAACCUUGUUGAUGAGAUUGAAAGCUGUGAAAAAGCGGCAGGAAUCAACCUAGAUUCUGUUCAGGCUGAGGGAAAUGCGUUAUCCAAGCGUUUAAAGGACACAGAGAAAAGAGUCUCUUCAUCAGUUCAGGAUAUACAAGAUCAGUUUUUAAGUAUAAUCAAGGAGAACCUUCAGGCAUGUAAAGAUUUGGAGGACUGCUUUGCUGACAUUGAGAAGAAGAAAGGAGACCUGGCUCAGUAUCUAUGCGAAGAUGCUGCUCAUCUGUCACUAGAGGAACUCUUCAGCACCAUCAAGACCUUCCGAGGGCUUUUCGUCAAAGCAUUAAAGGAGAACAAGAUCCGUAAGGAGCAAGCUGCCAAAGCGGAGAAGAGGAAACAGCAGCUGGCAGAGGAGGAGUCCAAGCGACAGAAAGGAGAGAACGGGAAGAUCAUUCGAAAAGGUGGCGUGCCUCAGGAUGAAGGCUGCAUCAUUGACAACCUGCUGGCUGACAUCAGAAAAGGUUUCCAGCUUAGAAAGACCAGGCCCAGGUGCGAAACGGAAAGUGCCCCCUCUAGUGAAAUGCAUAGGGACACCGCACCAAGUGUCAAAUGUGCAGAAAAAGAAGUCACGCCAGAACCAGCUCAGGACCUCCAUCCUCCUCAGCCAAAAGAGACAGGUGUCGAAGAGCCAGUCAACGUUUCCUCUACCAGCCCCAGAGGAGAAACAGCUGAUAUAGCACCUGGUAAUGAGGCUCCAGUCACACAACAGGAGACAGAGUCAAGUCAUUCCACUGAAAACAUUCCAUCUAACCAUACAGCUACACCGCUCAAGCCUUCAAUAGAGCUUCCUUCUGUUCAGGAUUGCUUAAAAGAUAAUGUAGAGAAACAAACUCUUCCAAUAGAAAAUUUCAGUGAAAAGAACUCUUCCACAGAGUCUCCGCUAUCAGAAAAUGCCUCUGUGGACACCCCGUUCUCUACAGUGCCUCCAUCUACUGUGAACCCAUCCGCAGCGAAAGAAGGAAUACGACAGAACUGUAACUCUAAUAACAGCCAAGUCAAAGAUGUCCAAACUUCCACUGAUGCCACACUCAAAAAUGUAACGAACAUCAACUCUGGUGCUCACAUUUACUCGGACUUGAAAGUAAGCGGUGUAGUCACAGAUGAAAUAGUCCCGCAAAACCUAGAACAGGAUGCAAAGACACACUCAGGCAAAACUCAGUUAGGCUCAAGCAGUUCCACAGAGUCAUCUUACUCUAAUAUCAGUAACAAUAAUAUAGAGACGCCACAUGAGCCUGAUGUACCUGAUGGAGCACGUGCUGUAGAUGACUCCCUCCCCUCAAAUCCUCCCACCUCUCGGCCAAAAUCACAAAAGCUUUUCCGAGGACGGAAAAAAAGCAAUAAAGAAGCCAAGGGUAACAGUGAAGGAGACAUUAAGCAUAAAAAGAACUGUGUGUUGCAGUAAGGGAGACCCAGGAAAGGGAAACCACGAGGGAGGAGAUGAAGCUUUAAUCUUAUAGAUGUAUUCAUGAUCAACUAUUACUGCUCCCUUUAACUGCUCUCUCACACAACACUCAGAAACCAAGGGCUGAGCACACAGAGCAGAAUCAAAACUUUGCUAUGCGUCGAUAGACCACUUGCUGAUUAUUUUAAUGAAAGAAAAGCAUUAUUUUUGUAAUGCUUACUUUUGCUCGGGGUUGGAUAUGGCCAAAUAUUUCAGUGGUUUGUGCAAUAUGCUAUGAUGAUAAUAAGCCAAAUCUUUGUUUACUGUACAUAAAGAUAUAUAUAUAUGAGCAAUGGACAAAAAAAGAGAGGAAAAAACCCUUUUGAGUAUAUUGGAAUUAUGUGAGUUUAAAAGUAAUAGUUAAAGAUUAGAAGUCUUGUGUUCCAGAUUAAAAUGAAAAUUAUGCUGUAAAAUUUUAAGUUGCUGGAAUUUCAUAUUUUUGUUGGGAUAAAUCGCAGGUUCAAUAACGCAUUUAAGAUCUAAUUAUUAGAAUGAAUGUACAGUAUAGUGUCUGUUUAAGGGAACAGAAAGUAUUCUAUGGUGUGGUUUGUUGCUGCAAAAUAAUUGUCCUGAACAGCCUAAGAUAAUCUUGAGUGUGCUUUUGGAGCUUCUUUACCUUAAAUCCCUUUUAAUCAUAUGCAGACCUGUUUGGGAAAACUGGUCCCGUCUUAUGUUUGGCUAUCUUAGUAAUAAUGUAUGUUCUAUUUAUGACUGACUGCUUACAGUAGUGUAUUAUGUGAACUAAGCAAAGUAAUUUGGUUGAUAUCUAUUGCAAAGUGGUUAAUGAAAUAAAUACAGCUGUUGAUGUAUACUGUAGUUGGUGUAAUUUUACAUAAACUGUUAUAACCAACUAUUAUGUAAAAAAAAAAAAAAUUGCACAAGUUGUUUUUAAUGCCAAAAGACUAAACUGUGUGUUCUUGAUGGCCAAUUAUCAAAUGUAUUUCAUGUUACUACUGUAUACUUUUGCAUAAAUGUUUUAUUGAACAUCCUAUAUUAAAUGUAUAUCACCA